CUCUUGCGAUAUCAAUACACGUCUUUUCUCGUCGUUUUCUCAAAAUACACAUUCACCAGUCGCCCGGAGCGCAGUUAUGGCCUCCCCCCUUUGCUACACUUGCUAAUCAAACAUCGCGUUCCAGAUAACCAACCGUCACAAUGGGUCACGAAGAUGCUGUGUACUUGGCCAAGCUUGCUGAGCAGGCUGAGCGCUACGAGGAGAUGGUUGAGAACAUGAAGAUCGUCGCUUCUGAGGACCGUGAUCUGACCGUUGAGGAACGCAACCUCCUCUCUGUUGCCUACAAGAACGUCAUCGGUGCCCGCCGUGCUUCGUGGAGAAUCGUCACCUCCAUCGAGCAGAAGGAGGAGUCCAAGGGCAACUCUUCCCAGGUUGGCCUCAUCAAGGAGUACCGCCAGAAGAUCGAGGCCGAGCUCGCCAAGAUCUGCGACGACAUCCUUGAUGUCCUUGACGCCCACCUCAUCCCCUCCGCCAAGUCUGGCGAGUCCAAGGUCUUCUACCACAAGAUGAAGGGUGACUACCACCGCUACCUCGCCGAGUUCGCCGUUGGCGACCGCCGCAAGGACUCCGCCGACAAGUCCCUCGAGGCUUACAAGGCUGCCACCGAGGUUGCCCAGACCGAGCUCCCCCCUACCCACCCCAUCCGUCUCGGUCUUGCCCUCAACUUCUCCGUCUUCUACUACGAGAUUCUCAACGCACCUGACCAGGCUUGCCACCUUGCCAAGCAGGCUUUCGAUGAUGCUAUUGCCGAGCUUGACACCCUUAGCGAGGAGUCUUACAAGGACUCUACCCUCAUCAUGCAGCUUCUCCGUGACAACCUGACCCUCUGGACCUCUUCCGAGGCCGAGCCCGCGGCGUCAGGCACUGCCGAAGCGCCUGCCAAGGAGGAGGGUACCACCGCCGAGGCGCCGGCCGCCGCCACCUCUGAGGAGCCCAAGGCUGAGUAAGGGGUUCGAUGGUCUCGUAGCAUUCUGCUGUUCCUUGCCGGAUUUGGGUGGACUGGUGUCUACGGAGUGUGGACUGGAGAUUUCGUUUUUGCGAAUCGGCAUCGUUUAGGCAAUACACACAAGAGUUGUGAAGGGGUUGAUCUUUCCUAGCACGGGACUGGCUGAGGGCUAACGAAAGAGCAUUUUGGAGGUCGAUUGCACCCACGUUUGCUUUUUUAGACUCUAAUGCAAGACCGUCUGGACAACAACAAAAAAAGACUAAAAUUGCUUUCAAAGAAGCACAUCCGGUAAACAAUAUUGAGCGGUUUCCGCGUGACGCUGAUGCAUGGCUGUAGAGUUAUACUUGCCUUGGAAGAGCAUAAAAAUCGGUCAGG